AUGGCAGCUAAUCCUAAUAGACUCUCUCUUGCCAUGGAGAGAACUGGCCAAUGGGUUUUCUCUCAAGAUAUCCCAACUGAUGUUAUAGUUGAAGUUGGAGAAGCUCGUUUCUGCCUCCACAAGUUUAUGCUGGUGGCAAAGAGCAACUACAUCAGAAAACUAAUUUUGGAAUCAGAUGAAAGUGAGCUCACCAGAAUCGACCUCUCUGAUAUACCAGGAGGACCAGGAAUCUUUGAGAAAGCAGCAAAGUUCUGUUAUGGUGUCAACUUCGAGAUAACAGUUCAUAACGUUGCGGUUUUGCGCUGUGCUGCUGAGUUCCUUCAAAUGACUGACCAGUAUUGUGACAAUAACCUCGCCGGCCGGACAGAUGAAUUUCUAUCUAAGGUUGCCUUCUUCACUCUCACAGGCUCUGUUGCCGUUUUGAAGUCCUGCCAACAUCUUCUCCCCUAUGCCGAUGACAUUGAUAUAGUUAAACGCUGCAUUGAAGCCACCAGCGCCAAGGCUUGCAGUGAGGCAAAUUUCCCAAGCCGCUCCCCGCCGAACUGGUGGACCGAGGAACUAGCCGUUCUCGAUAUCAAAAUCUUCGGGAGAGCCAUCACUGGUAUGAAGCAGCGCGGAGCCAAGCCUCCAACCAUUGCAAGCGCACUGAUUACCUACACGGAGCGAUGGCUCCAAGAGCUAGUCCGGAAUCACUCUGGCAACGGAAUCCAAUCUUCAGGUUAUGACGAUUCAGACUCCAGAUCAAGACAACGCGAGCUUCUGGAGUCAAUUGUUGAUUUCUUUCCCUCCCAUAAAACGGCUUUCCCGGUCAACUUCCUAUGUUGCCUCCUCCGUUGCGCAAUCCACCUCCGCGCCUCCACCGUCUGUAAAACCGAACUCGAGAAGCGAAUCUCUGUAAUCCUCGAGCAUGUAACAGUUGACGACCUCCUCGUGAUGUCGCUCUCAUACGACGGUGAGAAACUCUUCGAUCUGGAAAGCGUUCGCAGAAUCGUAUCUGCAUUCAUGGAGAAGCAGAAGAGCACGGCAGUUUUUACACCAGUAGACCUCAGAGAAUCUUGCUCCGGCACUAUGCAUCGCGUUGCCAAAACCGUAGACAUGUACCUCGCCGAGAUCGCCGCGUACGGCGAACUCAGCAUCUCAAAAUUCAACGGAAUCGCCAUUCUUAUUCCUAAACACGCUCGUAAAGUCGACGAUGACCUAUACCGCGCCGUGGAUAUCUAUCUCAAGGCUCACCCGAAGCUAGAUGAGAUAGAAAGAGAAAAAGUAUGCAGCGUAAUGGAUCCGUUAAAGCUUUCUUACGAAGCGCGUGUGCAUGCGUCACAAAACAAGAGACUACCGGUGCAGAUUGUAUUACACGCGCUGUACUACGACCAGUUACGGUUGAGGAGUGGACCCGACAACGAAGACACCGCCGCGAUGGAGAGAACCCGGUUACAGACGGAUGUUUCGUUGGUGAGGGAGAAUGAGGAGUUGCGAUCGGAGCUGACGAAGAUGAAGAUGUACAUUACGGAUAUGCAGCAGAAGAACGCUUCUCAGGUGCAUGGAACGACGUCGUCACAUUCGAGUAAGAAGACAACGUUUUUCUCGUCUGUGUCGAAGAAGCUGGGAAAAUUGAACCCGUUCAAAAAUGGGGCUAAGGAUACGACCCAUUUAGAAGAUGGGGCUGUGGAUUUGACAAAGCCCAGAAGAAGAAGGUUCUCUAUUUCUUAA